AGGAGGGGCGUACCAAACUACGAUACGCCGUGAAUUCGUUCAAAAUCAACGGGACCAAUUUAAUACCUACUGUCUGCCAUCACUGCCUUACUGAGGAAAGCUUUCUUUUCCAGCGCUGUUUAUCAGGUAAUCCCAGCAGUGACUUUAGGCUCCACUUAAUCCCUGCCACGUUGGUACUCCAGCGUCUUCUUAGCUGCGCCUAGAGGGCAUGGAAGCAUCGGAUCCAAAUUUUUGAUUUUUCUUAUUAGUUCUUUCUCGCCUCAAAAAACAAAUUUUAAUAGUUUUCGGAAGAAGACGGGAAGGGGUGGGCAAACUCUGCACUUGUGCCAGCGGGCAAGAAAAAACCAGCUCUUCCUUUAUUCAAGAUCUGUACUUUUCUCUGUGUUUUGGGGAAAACCUUUUAUCUGUGUUCAUUCUCAGGAGAGGGAUAGAAAGAUGUUCUCUUUUGUCCCUUUCUGAUCUGUCCGAAUCGAUUCUUUUACUUCUCUGCAAGAAAGAAAAGAAGAAGGGUCUUCUCAGAUCUAGAGACCCCAACAGGGAGAACACCACAAGUGGAAAAUUAGCGAACGGUGAUCGGGUUUGCUUUCCUUGAAAAAUGCGAUUUUACGGCGCUUCCUAUUGUUAACAGCGUAUCAGGGAAGGGCGAUGUCUUCGGGAUUUAGGGAUGGUGUAGACUAAUGAAAUAGAAGAAUAGUCGAAAGAAAUGGGAAAGAAAGGGAAGAGCUGGUUUCGCGCAGUCAAGAGGGUCUUCAGACCAGAAUCUAAGGAAAAGAAAGACCAGCGAUCAAAGAAAUUGGAUCCUGAACGGCCCGAGCAUUCUGAUAUAUUAUCUUCUGAGAUACUGCCAACUAGUUCUUCUGAUGCAGCUCUCCCUCCUCCUCCGCCCGCUCUUCCUGUGCCUGAUUUGGAAGAGCAGAAAAUUCCAGAACCAGAGCUUGAACAGAGCAACAAUAUCUACUCUGUUGCAAUUCCCAGUGUGGCUGCAGCUCAGGCCACCACCCAGGUUGUCCAGCUUAAUACUUCCUCAAAUUUUACUGACAAAUCAAGAGAAGAAUGGGCUGCAAUCAAGAUCCAGACUGCUUUUCGGGGAUAUCUUGCAAGGCGAGCUUUGCGGGCUUUGAGAGGAUUGGUAAGAUUGAAGUCACUCAUUCAUGGAAAUGCUGUCAAGCGCCAAGCCACAACCACAUUGCGUUGCAUGCAAACACUAGCUCGAGUCCAAUCACAAAUUCGUUCAAGGAGGAUGCUGAUGAUAGAGGAGAACCAGGCUCUUCAGCGCCAACUUUUGCUUAAACGUGAAAGAGAGCUUGAAAAUCUCAGGAUGAGUGAGAAUUGGGAUGACAGCAUUCAAUCCAAAGAGCAAAUUGAAGCAGGUCUUUUAAGCAAGCAUGAGGCUUCCAUUAGAAGAGAAAGAGCACUGGCUUAUGCAUUCUCUCAUCAGUGGAAGAACUCUUCAAAGUCAGUGAAUCCUACCUUCAUGGACCCAAACAACCCACACUGGGGAUGGAGUUGGCUCGAGCGGUGGAUGGCAGCAAGGCCCUGGGAGAGCCGGACCACCGCAACUGAUAAGGAACUCAACAGCGAUCGAGCUUCGAUGAAGAGUAUCAAUGGGGGUGAGAUCAUUAAAUCCUAUGCUCGUCGCGAAGCCAGCCUCAAUGGAACUGUUGCAGCUUCACCUCAGAAAUCAACACACCCUGUCAGCCAACGGUCGCCUGCGACUCCCCCUAUCAAGGCCUUCACUGGAGCAAGUAAGAUCAAAUCUGCGAGCCCAAAAAAUAACUGGGCUCCUUUAGAUGAUGACAUAAGAAGUAUGAUUAGCGCACAGUCAGAGCGGCCGAGGCGGCAUAGCAUAGCCGGCUCGUCGAUCCGGGAUGAUGAGAGCCUUGCAAGCUCACCAGCCAUUCCAAGUUACAUGGCACCAACAAGGUCUGCAAGGGCAAAGACUCGCACUCAGAGCCCUUCCACUGACAGCAAGCUUGAGGCCACUCCUGAGAAGGUCUCUGCAGGCUCAGUGAAGAAGAAGUUGUCUUUUCCAAAUUCACCUGCUUCUAUGAGAAGGCACUCAGGCCCCCCAAGGGUGAAUGUUUCUGUGGUUGAGGAGGCAAUUGUCAGUCAAGCACACAAUGAGGCCAUUGCAGAAGAAAGCAGGUUGUAACUACAAUAAGGCUUUUCAGGCAUCAGAAGAACUGAACCUGAUCUAGUUGGAUACUAUACUGAUGCAACAAUUUAUUCAUGUUAAAUCAUUUAUUUUGGACUAGAAAUCAUUGGGUGGUGAGUUUGUUAGAAGAAGAGAUUGGUUUGUUGAAAUGGUGUAUUUUUUAGCUUUGCUUUGCUCUCUGAACAAAGUUGUUUGUUGUGGAUGUGCGAGUAUUUUAUUCAGUGAUUGUAUAAACCGAGUUGCUGUUCCUUACCAAUGAAUUAAAUUUAUUUUAUUAUGAUUAA